AUGGCUAAAGUACUUCAAAAAUGUCACAUCAUUGUUUGGGAUGAAUGCACAAUGGCACAAAGCAUUAAUCGAACACUUAAAGAUUUAAAUGCCAACUAUAGACUUUUUGGAGGCACUUUAAUUUUAUUGGCAGGUUCAAUCUAUGCUGAUGAAAUCAAUGCUUGCCUUAAAUCAUCUAUUUUGUGGCGAAGUGUCCAUAUAUUGCGACUUACUGAAAACAUGCGUGUUGGACUACAGAGAGAUUUAGCUGCAGAACUGUUUGCCAAACAAUUGCUGGAUAUUGUUAAUGGAAACGUUAGUCUUCAGAAAAAUACGCACUUUAUUAAAUUGCCAGAAAAUUUUUGUAAAAUUGUUAGUUCGAAAGUCGAAUUAAUAGAAAACGUAUUUCCUCACAUAUAUCAAAAUUAUCAGAACCAUCAAUGUCUUCAAAGUAGAGCUAAGAACUUAGAUGUCGAUGAAAUCAAUUCGAAAAUUCAAGCUAUGCUACCUGGUAAUUUAAUUUCGUUAAAAUCCAUCGACACAGUGGUAGAUGAAAACGAGAUUGUGAAUUAUCCCACUGAGUUCUUGAAUUCGCUUGAUUUGCCAGGACUACCACCACACAAUUUACUUUCAAAAGUUGGUUCACCAAUCAUUUUAUUACGCAAUCUAAACCCACCAAAAUUAUGUAAUGGAACAAGAUUAGUAAUUAAAAUAAUUAUGGGGAAUUUAUUAUGGGAAUUGAAUCAACAAUAUUAA